AUGGCUCCAAACGGAGACUAUCACGUGUGUCCUUUCUGCCGUAAGCCGCAGUACUGCCUUCCAGUGCACCUGCGUCGUUACUGUAUGAAGAUGGAUACUGAGGCAGCCCGGUCUGUUGUUAUUGAUGAAGCCAAGAUUAAAACUGCGGAAUUCCUGCGGACCGGCCGAUUCUUCGACUACAACCAACUCGCGUCUAUUAUUGAAUGCCCAGACACUUUAAAAAGUUUUAUUGAUGAACUGAAGAGGCGUUCAUUGGUCGUGCGGGGUGAGCCCUGCCCUCAGUCCAAUGAGGCUGGAGACCUUGUAGACCAAGCAGACCUUGGAGACCAAGAGGAGACAUCUGAUGAAAGCUGUGACUUUCAAGAGUAUUAUCAAGAUGACACUGAUCAGAAUUAUUCCACUGCAGUCAAGAAAACAAGUGCUGGACCUUCAGGGCACUAUGCUGGCCUCGAGGAUCCUGUGAAUGUGCCCAAAGACUUUCAGAAGAGACUUGGCAGUCGCUGGAGAAAAAAGCAGUUUAACCUGCGUGUAGAACACACCCGUGCUCAUUUCAGUCGGCGUCUGCCAACAAACGACCAUCUCAAAAGCUGGCUGAAAAGACAAGGUUGGAAGAGAACAGACGACAUCCUUGAGGAAGUUCUCACAAACUGGGCACCAUCUGGAUCUGAGGACCGACUUCAGGACAGCAAGGAGAUCCAGGAUCAUUAA